GCUUUGAUGGAUUGCCAGCAUUUUGGCUUGGGUUCGACAUGGAAGAAGGUGGAAUUGUGGAGGCGUACGAGGUUCAGUACUCUGAUCUAAUCCUCCUGUCUUCUUCUUCUUCAAGUGGGGUUUCAUUAUCACUAUCAGCAGCAGAGCUGUCAAGGCUUGAAUCCAUCUCUACUUCAAUAAUGGGAGCCCUAGGACCCUCCGGCCCCGGUCUCCUUGCAGUCACCGGCGUCCCCAAUGCCUCCACUCUCCGACGGAGCCUUCUUCCCUUAGCCCGCAAGCUUGCGCUUCUCAACCCCCAAGAUCGUAAUCGCAUUCUCAAGGAGCACAGCUUGGGGAGUGACGUUCCUUUGAAGAAUUUGGAUAGAAGUGUCUCCUCCUUUGCUAUGCAACUCAAAUAUGAACAAGGUUCAAAAUCCACUCAAAGUGGACCAAGUCAUAAAGUAAAUGACAGUGGAAGUGAAGAACAAGAUUGUAAUGAUGUUUAUGGUUUGAGCAAAAUCCAGAAUGAAGAAUUUAAGAAUCUUGGGAGUACUUUCAAAGAUCUAGGAUUUUGCAUGAUGGAGCUGGGGCUCCAUCUUGCACGGAUAUGUGAUAGGGCCAUUGGUGGUGAAGAGCUUGAGCAGAGUUUGUUGGAAUCAUGCUCAGCAAAGGGGCGUCUUAUACACUAUCAUUCAACGUUAGACAGCCUCAUAAUAAAAGAGAUGGGGAGGAGAAAGGGGUUUAGCAAACAAAAGGCUAACCACAAAAGGGACCAGGAACGCCCCAUAAGGAAUGAGCAAACUGCGGCAGAAUUUCCCAACUUGGGUAAAACUGGAGAUGCAGGUAGUUAUUGUUGCGAUCCUUCCAACCUAUGGCAGAAGUGGCAUUAUGACUAUGGUAUUUUCACUGUCCUGACAGCUCCGUUAUUUAUUUUGCCUUGUCAUGCACAAUCAACAAAAAUGGAAGAUCAUUUUUGCAAAUAUUGUGAGCAAGAAUGUCCAUCCCCUAGUGGACACACAUAUUUGCAAAUAUUUGAUCCUAAUAAGAAUAAUGUCCUCAUGGUGAGGGCUUCUCCUGAUAGUUUCAUUGUUCAGGUGGGGGAAUCAGCUGAUAUCCUAUCAAAAGGGAAACUUCGCUCCACCCUCCACUCAGUGUGCAGACCAGGAAAGCUAGAAAACUUGAGCAGAGAAACAUUUGUUGUCUUCUUGCAGCCAGCAUGGAGCAAAACUUUCUCUAUCUCAGAUUAUCCCAUGGACCACUCUGUGGUAAGUGGCCAGCGUGAUGGAAUUCACUGUGCUGGGGAGGAACCCGGUAAACUAACUCGAGAAAUUCAUAGAAUAGUUCCUCCACUUGCAUCACGGUUGAAGGAUGAAAUGACAUUUGCGGAAUUCUCACGUGAAACUACUAAGCAAUAUUAUGGUGGCAGUGGAUUGCAGUCAAAGAGAUAAAAAGCUCCUUGGUCUUCAGUUCUGUAAAUCACUGUAUUUGACCAUCGAAUGUUUGCUCAACUUCGGUUGCUAAUGCUAUAGGUAUGAGUACAUUAUGGCAGGAUCGGUCACCCAGGCAAAACCAAGCCACCUCCAAGAAGAAUUGGCUCUGCCCCACUGAUCCGUAUAGAGCGAAGUAGCUGCCCAGUGAUCCCUAGGUAGCACGUCUGUUUGUUUAGUGUUCAUGCCGCUGCUGCCGUUUCUAGGACCGACCAUACCUCACCUGCACAGGUACCUACAUAGUGUAAUGUUGGCUGCAUAUUCAACAUAGCGGUUCGACUCGUGUGCCUUCCAAAACCAGGAGUCUUGGAGCCUGCCGUGUACGAUUAGCCAGCCUUGUGGCUGCAAAAGGAUUAGAAGGCCCCCAAAGCUAUGGUUCCCAGCUGGGCUAUGAUAACUCCGCAUCCCGAAGCAAUGCUUUACUCCUAGGCACAUUACACUAAACUGUCCUUGUGUCAUCACCAUGUGGAAGAACAAUAAGUCUAAUACACCAGGAAACUCUGCCACAUUAAAAUUCAAGGAAAAUCAAAUGGAUGUUCCUUGCUGA